AUGCACGGUUCACCUCAGCAACAGGCUGCUCUCGAGAGGCUGCAAGAUAUGUUUCGCGUCACCAACCAGCACUUGGAAACCCUCAUCCGUGGUUACGACCAAGAAUUGAAAGCAGGACUUGCCGUCAAAGAACAAAGAGAAACCGUACCGCGUAGCAGUGAUUUAAAGAUGAUUCCUUCUUUUGUUGCAGGGUAUCCGACGGGUUUCGAGAAAGGCACCUAUUUAGCGUUGGAGAUUAGUGGGGUUGAUAUUUACGUGUGUCAAGUCAAACUCAAAGGUGAAGGCGGCAAACUCGCCAUCAAUCAAUACCAGUACAAGAUUCCCGAUAACUUAACUGCUGGCGAUGAUAUCCGUAUCCUCAUUGAUUACGUCGCAGACUGCAUUAUCGAUUUCCAACGACGCGUCGGUAUCGGACAGCAAGAAGUGUAUGCGAUGGCCAUCAGUCUAGGAUUUGCAAUUGAACAAACCAGGUUGGAUCGCGGCGUCAUUGUCGCGCUUGAACACGGAUUUGAUUUCCCCAAUGCCAUUGGCUGUGAUAUUGUCGAUCUUUUCCAUCAGCGGUUUGAAACCAAAGGUUUGGCCGUCAAGAUUGUCGCCAUCGCAAAUGAUGCUGUCUGUACACUGUUGGCGCAUGCUUAUCAACAUCCUUCGACACGUAUCGGAAUUGUGCACAGUGCCGGAACGAAUUGCGCAUACUAUGAACGGGUGGCGAACAUGAGCAACUUUCUAGCCCAUCAUCCCGAUGUGUCCCCUGCCAGCGAUAUGAUUAUCAAUACCGAAUGGUGCAAUUUCGGAUCAAGAUAUUUGCCCAUGACGGAGUUUGACCAUCGCGUCGAUAACGAAUCGAAUAACCGAGGUAUCCAUUACUUCGAAAAGAUAUCCACAGGCAUGUAUUUGGGGGAAAUCGUGCGACAAGUCUUGGUGUCGCUUGUGGAUCAGCAAGUGUUGUCUUUUGACAUUGAUGCCAACGGAGAUGAAUGCUUGCUACGUACGCCUUACCAUUUCGAUACAAGCUACAUGUACGUAUGUGAAGCCGAUAACGAUAUGGAGAAUCUUGAAGACACGCAGGUCGUGCUGGAGGAAAUGUGUAAAGUCGGUGAAACAUCUUUGGCCGACCGAGAAAUUGUCAAGAAAGUGUGUGAAAUGGUAGGCCAUCGUGCCGCCAUUCUCCUCGGUGCCAGCAUUGCCAGUAUCGUCAAAUACAUGGUCGACAGCGGGAUCGGCUUUGCUAUCACGGGAGAUGUAUACGAGGACUAUCCAAGUUUCCAUCCACGCGUGUGCGAGACUCUCAAGGCGCUCAUUGCCGAUGACGUGGCGGCGAAAAUCUCCGUCGGCAUUGUCAAGCAUUCUCGUAUCGUGGGCGCCGCCAUUGUCGCAAUGAUGGCUGAAAAAAUGGAUCAGCCACAAGACGUGGAUAUGCUGUAA